AUGGCGGAGGAUAACCCUGGUGGUGCCGUUGGCACCGAGAAACAGCUGCAGGAGGCUGCGCAGCAGCCGCCGACAGCUGAGGCCGCCGGGGUAGUCGAAUCGAUCGAGAGCUCCAAGGCCGCCGAUACGCCUGUCAGCCAAGUCACACUUGUGCAAUGGAGGGCCAUGUCUGAUGUUCUCAUAAGCCUAUACAACUAUCGAGAGCCAGAUGGCCAUGACCCUUCGAGGCUCUUCCACCGAAGCGUUAACAAGCGCAACGUACCCGAUUACUACGAUGUGAUCAAGGAACCGAUGGCCCUGAGCGUGUUGAAACAGAAGAUAAAGACCAAAGCCUAUACCCAUUUCGCGGAGUAUGUCAGGGACUGUGCCUUGAUCCCACAUAAUGCGCAAACUUAUAAUCGCCCAAAGUCCAUGGCAUAUGAAGACGCGCUCAUUAUCAAAGAAGUCAUGAUAUCCGAGUUUCAGAAGCUUGCAGAACAGGAAAUUAUCUCUCCUGAAACGGCUCAACUUCCUGAUCUUGGGGAAAUACCCGAAGCCGACCCUCUCCCCGCUGAAGAAGAGGAAGAGGAAGAAGAAGAGGAGGAAGAGGAUGAAGAAGCCGAAGAUUCAGAUGAUGAAGCACCGCGCCGAAAACGUAAAGGCAGACCUCGCCUUAGCUCGAAACGAGAGAGUGGGGCGAACGACUUUCACAAGGGAGCUGAUGCUGAUGGGCGCAAGAGACGUGGACGCCCUCCCCGUGUUGACACCCCUAUGGAAGCUAGGAUCAAAGCCGUUCUUAAAGGAAUCCGCAAGCUGAAAGACAACAGCGGUCAGAUGAAAGUUCGCCAUUUUGAGCGCCUUCCAGAUAAGUCGGCGUAUCCGGAUUACUACGUGGAAAUCAAGGAGCCGCUUGCUAUAGAUCUCAUCAAGAGGAAGUCUAAACGCAAGAAGUACAUUUCCGUUGACCACUUUAUGAGGGAUGUUGAUGUCAUGUUUAACAAUGCAAAGGUCUAUAACCUCCCGGAGAGUCAGAUAUACCGAGACGCCGUUGAUUUGCACAGAGAGGCGCAUCGGCUUGCCGAACAGGAGAAGAACAAGGCAGACAGCGAAUACUUGAUGGAAGACGGCCGCUUACCUUUGCCCAAUGGUAUUUCAUUCAAAGAUGAGAUCUGGCGAGUUGGUGAUUGGGUCCACCUCCAGAAUCCAAAUGAUGCCACGAAACCUAUCGUCGCUCAGCUAUAUCGGACCUGGCAGGAUCCUGAAGGCGAAAAAUGGAUCAAUGCCUGUUGGUAUUACCGACCUGAGCAAACAGUCCAUCAUUUCGAGAAGCAUUUCUAUCCCAAUGAAGUAGUCAAGACCGGCCAAUAUAGAGACCACCGAAUAGACGAAGUUGUUGACAGAUGCUUUGUUAUGUUCUUCACGCGCUACAAUCGUGGGCGCCCGCGAGACCUGCCGCUCAACAAAGAGGUUUAUGUUUGUGAAGCUAGGUACAAUGAAGAAAAACACAAGCUCAACAAGAUCAAAACCUGGGCAAGCUGCCUGCCCGACGAGGUACGCGAGAAAGACUACGAGAUGGAGCUCUUUGAUGCUCCUCGGAAGAUCAAGAAGAUCCCGAGUCCCAUUAGACAUCUCCUCAAGGAAGAUGCAAAGGAAACAGACGACCUUCCAAAGCCCACCUGGGGUGCUGAUAAUGCGCCACCCAUUGUGGGAGCUGUCCAUUGCCGCCCACGCGAUGAGAAUGAGUCUCCUCCGCCAGAGCCGACACCUUCACCACCUCCACCACAGCUUCAACCGCCUGCUGCCUUACCAAUACCAAGGCCACCGUCCAUGGUUCAGCCUCAUACGCCUAUGCAGCCUAUGCCUGGCCAAGAUCAUGUUCGACAUAAUUCCAUCCCACACCUUCCUGGACGUUUGCCUCACCCUCCCCACCUUGCUGCCUCUCCUCAACCUUCCAUAAUGCCCGGGAGAUCACACCCGUACCAUCCAACGCCACCGAGUAUGCCUAUGUACCCAGUCAACCAUAACAACCGUAACUUGCCAGUUCAUCCACAAACACCACAGCCUCCAUACCAAGCCCCUCAACCUGUACAACCUUAUUCCGCACCUCAUAAUUUCCCUGCUUAUCAAGGAGGCCGCUUGCCUCAAGCAAACAUCCCGCCACCUGUUUACAACCCGAAUGCGCCACGCAGUGUAGAAACCUUCCACCUUCGUGACGGGCUGGACCAAUCAAUUCCAAAGGAUAUUCGUGAUCAUUUUCAGCAAGAUGAACAAGGACGUGUUCUUUUCUUCAAUGUUCCGCCCCUGGACGUGGUAUCAAACAGUCACCAGGGACUAGGCCACUCGCUUAAAUACCUUGCAGCUAAGGAGAGGCGGCAAAAAUUGAUAGAAGCCAACCGAAAGAAAAUUGCUGCAUCCUUAGAGGAGCCUCAAACGAAGAAACAGAAGCUUGAAGCUCAAGCCGCGGCAGAGAAGAAAAGCCUAGAGAAUAAGGAGAAUCUCCAAGCCGAAGCUAUCAAAAUGAUUACACAGACCAUUUGCCGGAGCAACUCAGAGUUCUAUAUGUACCACUACGGUGACCGAGCCGCAGAGGUCAUGGAACAAGACCUUCAGGCCCAUCUUGCCAGAUCUUGCCCUAAAUCCCCCAAAGCCAAAGAACCAGAGAUGGUUCUGCGCCCAUCUGCGCCGAAACUUAGGUGGAGCCCCAAAGGCCCAGAGUGA